GUCUCAAAGUUUCUACCACUUCCAAUUCAAGUGUCAUUUCAACAUCCAAAAAGCUUCAUACUUUAACUUUACCUCAAAGAGUGAUCAUUCUUUGCUUUGUUCUUAGCAACAAGUUCUUUUUUUUUUUUUUUUCUUAUUUGAAAAAAAAUGGCUGAUCAGUACGAACACAACAAGCCCUCAGUUGAGGAGACUGGUGCUACUAUGGAGACUACAGAUCGUGGAUUGUUUGAUAAAUUCCUAGGGAAAAAGGAAGAGGAAAAGCCAACUCAUGCUCAUGGGGAACAGGCAAUUUCCUCUGAGUUUGGUGAAAAAGUGAAGGUAUCUGAAGAACACAAGAAGGAAGAGAAGAAAGAGGAGGAACAUAAGAAAGAAGAGAAGAAACUCCACAGGUCAAGUAGCAGCUCUAGCAGCUCGAGUGAUGAGGAGGAAGUAAUAGGAGAGGACGGACAGAAAAUCAAGAAGAAGAAAAAGAAGGGAUUGAAGGACAAGAUCAAGGACAAAAUAUCUGGUGAUCACAAGGAAGAAGUGAAAACAGAGAAGGUUGAGGACACGUCAGUUCCAGUUGAGAAAUACGAGGAAUCGGAGGAGAAAAAAGGAUUCCUAGACAAAAUUAAGGACAAGCUGCCAGGUGGCGGGCAGAAGAAGGAGGAGGAAGUGGCGGCGCCUGCACCUCCACCACCAGCUGUGGCGGAACAUGAGGCUGAUGUUAAAGAGAAGAAGGGAUUUUUGGACAAGAUUAAGGAGAAGUUACCAGGAUACCACCCUAAGACUGAAGAAGAAAAGGAGAAAGAAAAAGAGAAGGAAGCUGCUGCAUCUCACUAAAGUUGAUAAAACAUGCAAAUGAAUGUUUAUUUGUUGUUUUUUACUUUUGGCGUUUUGGGAUGUUAUGAUUGUGUUGGUUAAGCUUUGUUCAUUUGCUCCACUGUUUUGGAUUAAGGAGAAAUUACCAGGAUACCACCCUAAGACUGAAGAAGAAAAGGAGAAAGAAAAAGAGAAGGAAAGCUGCUGCAUCUCACUAAAGUUGAUAAAACAUGCAAAUGAAUGUUUAUUUGUUGUUUUUUACUUUUGGCGUUUUGGGAUGUGUUAUGAUUGUGUUGGUUAAAGCUUUGUUCAUUUGCUCCACUGUUUUGGAUUCUGAAAGGUAUUAUUACUGUAUUUUUGUAUGUAAGUGCAUAGUUUUUUAUGUGCUUAUGUUUAAAGUUUUUAUGAUAUGGAUUUGUAAAAUGCAGUUGUUUUGUUUUAUGA